UUAUUCAUGCAGGAAUAGGCUAAUGCUCAUAGUAGGGUUCAAUGAUAAUCAUCAAUGACUCAUUCGUUCUUCUAAAUUUUGACCUUCGACAUGGCUUCCGGAGGUAAAACAACCAAAGAUAUUCAGAACGAUGACCCGAGCAUUAUUGAAACGUCGAAAGGAGGAAGACAAACUAACAGCCAACAUGGGUCUCGCUCGGCUGGCAACAUCAAUUCGAAACAAAAUUCAACUCCGCACAAUUCAUCAAGAAAGCAACAGCACCCACAACGUUCCCAAACUCCAAAUUCUAAUGAAAAACGUCGACAGGAACACUGGAAAGUUCCGCAUGGGAAUAACAGACAUAGCCCUCUUGCCAGAGACUUGUUUGGAGCCGAAAGUAACCCACCUUUUAAAUUCGAUUUCCAGGUAAACAAUGGGGAAUAUCAAGGGGGUUACCCUCGCCGUAACCAUGGAUACCCAAAUGAUCAUUAUUCCGGUGGGUAUUAUUCCCGAAAUAAUCAAAACCGACCAAAAAAAAACAAUUAUCAACAAAGACAAAAUCAAAAUGCUGGUAGGGUCGAAAGUCAAAGUUCAAAGGGUAAUUAUCAGCACCAAAAUGGCGGAACCCCUCAAACUAAGGGGCAAACAGGGGAGGCCACUCCAAAAUUGUCAAAUUCAGCUCCAAAUAUGACAGAAUCUGAUCGAAAAGUUCAAUUUCUGGAAACUUUAAUGAAAAAUGGUGAAAAGGCGAAAAAUCUCACUGUUACUGUGACAACAGGAAAAACAGAAAAAGAGGAAACACAAAUUGGACAGAGCUCAUUUCUUAGUGAUGCAAUCGGUGGUGGAAAGAGUCAAACCCAAAACAGUGCUCCAUCUACCUCUUCUAGCACAACUAAACCACCGAUUAAAAGUCCAGCCGACAAGUUUGUGAACCCUUUAAUUUCCAACGACUUGGAGGAGAUCAAAUCUGACACCAGAAAAAAAGAAAUAAAACAAGCAGAAGAUAAAUCUGUUGUGAACAAUGCAAAUGUGAAUAACAAAGAAACAACGGCUGAUAUAGAAUUCAACGAGAAUCCGACUGAAAUUGAUAAAGCUGAAAAUACUGAGAAAAAGAAGAAAAGACGCAGAAAUAGGGAAAAGAAGAAAAAACGAGAUAAAGCAUCAGACAAGCAGCAGCAAGACAAAAUCGAGAAACUAGAUUUCAAAGUGGCCAGCCCUACCGAUGAUAAGAACAAAUCUGAAACUGAGGUCGAUGACGAAAUAUCAGACACACUUGUUGAUUCUACAACGAAAAAUGAAAUGAACGAAACACUCGAAGAAAAAGAGUCUUCCAUUCAGAAAAAUAAAGAAAUAUCUAGGAAAGAUGGAAAUGUGGAAAAGCCUGCAACGCCAUCUCUGACUACUGAAAAGGAUGAAAAGCAGAAAGUGGAAGAAUUGGGACUGUUACAGGCUGAAUCCAGAUUGGAAAAAGACCUGAUUUUUAGACUGAAAAAGAAAUCAGCAACUUUCCCAGAUGCCAAGUAUUUCUGUAGACUUUGCUCCCACCAUCUGAACACUAUACAGCUUGCACAUAAGCAUAUCAAGGAUAAAAGACAUAAGAAAGAGGGGAAAGCCAAGCAACAGGAUGAACUAUUACGACAACUGAAAACUCCUCCCAAAGCAGCCCUCAAAGUGCUAGAUCGUCUUCUAGUGUCAGUCGUUGAAAAGAAUAUGAUGUCACUAGAGGACGCUGAAGAGAGGAUGAACGUUGUUACCAGACUUGAUGAAAUUGUUCAGGAAAAACUGCCAGGUUGUCGAGUUGUUCCGUACGGAUCAUCAGUAACAAAGAUUGGUCUGAAAACCAGCGAUAUAAAUGUUGAUAUUCAAUACGCUGGAACGCUAAGUACUCCUGCUGUCUUGCUUUCCUUGCUGAAGAUAUUGAAAGAGUGUGAUUCAUUCAUCGACAUUCAAGAGGAAUUUACGGCGAAAGUACCAAGGAUUGAGAUAACAGACAAACAGACGAAUGUCCGUUGCAGUUUAAGCCACAACAACUCAAAAGCUCUUCAGACGACACGAUUGUUGAAGAUUUAUGGACAAAUAGAACCAACUGUGAUUAAGCUUGCGAUGUUGCUUCGAUUGUGGGGUCGUCUAUGUCAAGUCGAUUGCCAACAAGAAGGCUCUCUGGCGCCACAUUCGUUUUUGUUGAUGACGAUAUAUUAUCUGCAACAGAAUUAUGGGUUGCCAAUUUUACAUGAAAUAAUGGCGAGUCACGAUAUAGACUCUCUUCUUGGGGGCUCAGGAUAUGAUGAGGAUAUUUUAGUUCAAAAUGGGGAGGGAGAAUGGUGUUAUAACCCGACAGUGCCACCUUCUGGAAAAGAAGAACAGAAAACACCUGAAGUUGAGGAGGAAAUUGAUGACAUAGCUGAAUAUACAGACUCUGAUGAAGAUAUUGGAAUCACAUUCAGUGAAUCUCCAAAGAAAGGAGCGACGUUUCUCGGCUUCGAAAACAGCCUUGAAAGUGAUGCAGGAAAAAAUAACAAUCCUCUUGUACCGGUCACGCUUGGGAGAUGUUUCGACGGCAAAGCUCCGCCUUCUCUUGCAGAGUUAUGGCUUGGGAUUUUGAAGUUUUAUUCCGCUCAAUAUGAUAUGGAAAAUUUGAUUAUAACCAUCAGAAAGUCUGGCAGAGUGACUCGAUCGGAGAGAGGGUGGUCACAUCGACGAAUCGCUAUUGAAGACCCGUGCUCACCCAAGUGGAACAUGUGUAAACUAAUGAACAGCCAGACUUUGUUCUCGUAUUUUCAAACCUGCUUGAAACACUGUGUAUUUUAUUUCCACACGGCACAUAAUUCUGCCAAAACAAGGAAUAAGAAAAUUCUGCCAGAAGGUGUAGCAAAAAAUCAGCAAAGUGCGACGAAAAAUUCCAUAAAGACGACGGAAGAGUUUGCAGAUAAAAUAAUAAAAUCAGCUUUUGAUGAGGUUAAAGUUCAAAUGUCACGCAUGAAUAAAGAUAGUUCGCAAUCAACAAGUGCAAUAAAGGAUAAAGGUCAUUUGUCACAGUUGAGUAAACAACAAAGCAAGAAUGAUUCAACGAUAUCGAAAUAUGCUGAUGUAAUGAUUGAUGACAUGAUCAAUAAUUUGAAGGAAUUGAACGUCAAAACAAGAAAUUCCUCUGCACCAGAGUUGAACUACGACUCUUGCUACAAAUUUACAAAGUCCUCCCUCACGGAUGGGAAAUCCCCUGUUUUAAUAUGUGGAUCUUGUAAGAAGGAGGGUCACAGGAAAGCAAAAUGUCCAGACGAAGUAAAAAUUAAGAUUAACCCCCUGCCUGCCUUCACAGAAAGAUUGAAGUUCAUGCUAGACACUGUUUGUAAGGACAUGUAUGAUUACUAUGUUCCACUACAAGACGAAGUCUCGAUGCGCGAGAGGGUUUGCUCCGAUCUACAUGAAUUUCUACGGAAAAACUACAGCGAGUACGUGAAAAUGUGUUUGUUUGGAUCCUCUCGUAAUCGUUUCACUUUUCGAGGAAGUGACCUUGAUAUUUGCAUGACUUUUACAGAUAACGAUACUGGGGAGCACCUAGACUUUGCAAGUAUUAUUGAAGAUCUUGCGAAAGUCUUGCGGAAAAAUCCAGACCUUCGUAAUAUAAUACCGAUCACGACAGCUAAAGUGCCGAUCGUUAAGUUCUAUCAUCCGAGUGCUGGACUGGAGGGAGAUAUCAGCUUAUAUAAUUUACUGGCGCAGCGAAACACAUCAAUGUUAGCUUUAUAUGCCAGCAUCGACGAAAGAUGUCGAGUACUUGGCUAUGCUAUGAAGGCCUUCGUUAAACGAUGCUGCAUUGGAGAUGCGUCACGUGGGUCGCUAUCUUCCUACGCCUACACCUUACUCGUCAUUUAUUUUCUUCAACAGAGGGAUCCACCUGUGUUGCCAGUAUUGCAAGAGCUUUACACGGGAGAUAAAUCCCCAGAGUGCAUUGUUGAUGGCUGGAACUCCUGGUUUUAUGACAGCAUUGGAAAUUUAGAUAAGGUAUGGUUUGACUUUGGUAAAAACAAUGAAUCGUUGGGGGAACUCUGGCUUGGAUUGCUACGAUUCUACACGGAGAAAUUUGACUUCAGCCAUCAUGUCGCCAGUAUUAGACAGAAAAAACUGCUCACUGCUUUUGAGAAGGAAUGGACAUCGAAGUGCAUCUGCAUUGAAGACCCUUUUGAUUUGAAUCAUAAUCUUGGAGCAGGAGUUUCACGGAAAAUGACGAAUUUUAUCAUGAAGGUUUUUGUAAAAGCAAGAGAGAGAUUUGGGACAGAUCCUGGGAACUUGCUGAAUGGUGUGAGAGAUAUUCAGCGAUAUUUUUUCAACGCUGAAUUCUUGAUGGACGGGGAGGAAGUUCCAAAUGACAGAUGUUGCAGAAUUUGUGGCAAGAUCGGACAUUUUGUCAAAGAUUGUCCGAAAAGAAGAAAUGGGCGCGGGAAAAAGGGAGAUGAUGCUAAAGGACUUAAAAAUGUGGAAUGUUUUGCUUGCGGAAUGAAAGGACAUUUCAAGAAAGAUUGCCCGGCCCCCAGACAAGGUUCACCAAUGAAGGAUGGUCAGUUUCCUCACCAUCCGUUGCGUUUGAUGAUGCCCAAAGUUCCAUAUAUGAUGCGACCCCCCAUGCAGAACAUGGGUCAAAGGUCACCUAUUAUAGUUCAGGCUAAAAGAUAUGAUCCUAACAGCAUGAAUUUUCACGAAUCUCGCAUCAGUCUUGGACGACAAAAUUCUAAUCAAAGAGGGGGGAAAAACCCCCAACGAAUGCAGGAAAGUCCGCUUAAUAGGGUUGAAAAUCCACUGAAAAAGACUGAAAAUAGAAGACGACCAAUUUCUUCAACCUCUGAUCAAAAUUUCGAAAGCCAACCCAAAACGCCACAAAGUGGUCACAAGAGGCAGCAGAACAAAAAUUCAGCCACUCCCCAAAGUAGUAUAUCUUCAAAGUCACCGCAUCCAUCUAGUGGCAGCAUGGAUCAACAGAAUAAACAAGGCAGAAAUACUCCAAAAGUCAGCAGAAAUCUCGCUGCAGACUUCAAAUCUUCAAGAGAAGGAAAACAGAGCAACAACACAAACACCGCGGCACCCGAUACGCAAGGACAUCGCGAAGUUACCCCCCGGAACAAUAAAAACUUGAAUUUGAAGAAAGAAUUGUCAGGGGAUUCCCCAGCAACAGGAUCCAUUCAAACUCUACAAGAAGUCGAGACCCAGCUGAUAGAGGAAAGGAGAGCUCAUGAGAAGAAUAGCAGACCAAAACCCGGGGAUAAUUUGAAUCAUCUCAUACCAAGGCAAAGUACCAGUGCUGAAGAAAUUCAUCAACGCCCCACUGUUCUGCACGGCUACCCUCCUUCUCCCAAUGUACCCCCAUUUUCAAUGUCCCCCCUAUCGCCUCCUAAUUUUGGGGGUAUGUAUAACCACGCCCCUUUUUCUACUUCCCCACGAAACAACAACCAGAAUCCUUUUAAUUUUGCUCGAACUCCCCCUAACCAGGGGGGUUACAAUUACCUCUAUUCACGAAGUCCAGGAGAUAUGAACCCCUUUGCAUAUGGGGUUUCUCCACCAAGCCCAGGAUACGGAUUUAACGCCCCAUUUGGAAAUCACCAAGGUCAAAAAGUCAUGACCCAUGACCCCAACGGAAGUCACAUAUCAAGUCAGACGUUCGUGAACACGAAUGAGAAAAACACACCACAUGGUGGCAGAGAAGUGCACUAUAACGCUUCACAUAGCGCUCCUCCCUUUUUUGGGGUGAAUCCCCAUCAUUCUUACCCCCCAAAUAGGCCCCUCCCUCAACAAGGACAUUACUGGACCCCUAAUCAGAGAAAAUAAGAAAAAUGAUUCAAUUUUAGUUAACUUAGUAUUGUUAGUUCUUAUACAGUAUUUUAUGUGUUAACUUGAUCGAGAUAUGGAAUUCUAAAACGCUGUGUGAAAUUGUAGGAAUUUCAGCUGUAACUGUUAAAUUUAUUUAUUAAAUUGAUUAUUAUCAAAAAAUAAAGGGGGGGGGGGGGGACGUAGGAUAAAAGAUAUCAUUGUAUAUCAGAUAAAGCCUUGUUCUGAUAGAAAAUGUAAAAAAUAUGUGGACUUGGAUGUAGCAGAAUGUCAAUUUUUAUUUACCAAAUAGAUAAAUUGUAUCACUUGAUCAUGGGCUUGCUAGAAAUGAGAAACGCUCUUGAAAUGGUGCUGGGCUGUAGAAAUAGAGAGUUUAUUCAAAAAGCCAUAUUUCCAGAGGGGGUGGGGGGCGAACUGAAUUUCCUGAAAAUAGGUUAUCUCUAUUUUUUUUAUCUAAACUUAUCUAAAAAAUGAAGACUGUAAUUUGGUUGCAGAUAUUUGCAUUAUGGAUGUAAAUUCUAUUCUAAACUUUGUUAUUGAAUAUUGGAACUGAUAGUGGUAUGGUUGUUAAUCUGGGUAACUUUUCUUGCAUUGCGCCAGUGGUCCUCGACCCGUGAUACAAUUUAUUAUGGCCUGCCGAAGAGUGAAAAAGAUUAACACUUUGUUUUUUUGGGGUUCUGUUGUCAUUAUCACAGGUUAGGCAUGUGUAUGUUUGUAGAAAUCCGGUGCCUUAAUUAUACAUCCGGAAACAUACUGCUCAUGAUGGCACUCUCCAACCAACGUCCUAUCUGGGAAUUUCAUUUGAAAGUAGAUUUAAAAAGUAGGAUAGGAUUCACAUAUAUCUUGUGGGAGAGGAAAGCCAAUAACACUGUAUGUUAUAUAAACAAUGCUAAACUCUUACGCCUAAGCAGGAUUCAAAAUUUCUGAUCAGGUUUUUGUUUAAUCUAGAUCAGACCUUAGACCCUGGGCGUAAGAAUUAUUUUAUGGUCUGGAUAUAUCUUAAUUGUGGAGGCGAUUGAGUUCCCACAGCCCCAACAUUUUUGUGAUUCUAAUAUUUAGCACUGUAAUAAGACUGAAAAAA